UCUUGGUUAAUUGACAAAUAAGUUAAUGCUGAUGUCACAUGCUAAUGCUAAUCCUGCUAACUCUUUACAGAUUCUGGGUUGUAUGUGCUGACAUGGCUGCCCAGUACAGUGUUCCUGACCCAGGCACUCCUGGAAAGAUGUUCAUGAACUAUCAGGGCUUGGCUAGCUAUCUGUCCAGCGGAGGUGACAACUACUGGGUCAUUGACACCGACUACGACAACUAUGCUAUCACCUACGCUUGCCGCAGUCUGAAGGACGAUGGCACAUGCGAGGAUGGCUAUGCCAUUGUCUUCUCACGCAACCCCCGUGGCCUGCCUCCUGCAAUCCAGCGCAUCGUCCGCCAGAAACAAGACGAGCUCUGCAUGGCUGGUCAGUUCCAGCCCGUCCUGCAGUCUGGAGCUUGCUAAACUGUUAGACGAAACGAAGAGCAUGCUGGCAUAAGAAGCGGCAUCCGGGGUCAUUCUAUUUCAGUGCUGUAGAGAUGCAUGCGUGCAUCAGGGAGACAUCAGAUCAUUGAAAUUCUUAUCUCAAGGGAACCUUGGACUGUGCUAAGUGUAUGUGACAAUAAAUAUUUUUUAAACAAAA